GCAUUUAUUUCUGAGCAGGGUUGAUAGAAACUCUCCUGUUGAAGCUUAACUGGAUAAAAUUGAAAUAUCAAGAUGAGAAACUUGGUUGUUUCAAAGGUUGAUGUUCAAGCUCUGGACAAUGACCCAGAUUCAAGCUUGUCACCUACUGGAAGACCCUUCAUAUCUCCAGACCCAGACAACAGCACAGUGUUUGUUUCUGACUCAAAGCACAUAGUCAAGCUGGAUGGAGCAAGUGUGGAGACAUGUGUCAGUUUCACUGAGCACAUCAACCAAUCAGAACAGGAUGAGGUGGUGGCUGCUGAGUAUCUGCCUGAUCACCAGGCACUCUUUGCCAUUUCCAAGGCAGGAGCAUUCUUGCUGUGUGAUUGCAACACACAAAAGGUUGAGCAUGUGGGCAGUGUGCCUGACGGGCUGCAGGCUAUGUGCUGGAGCCCCGACCUGGAGCUGGCUGCUCUGGUCACCUCACAGCCAGCACUGCUGCUCAUCACAGCAGAGUUUGAGCCGGUGGCUGAACUCCCACUCCUCUCAGAGGAGUUUGGAGACAUGGCCCCCGUCACUGUCGGCUGGGGCCGUAAGGAGACCCAGUUCCACGGCUCGGCCGGCAAGGCGGCCGCCGUGGCGUCGGAGCCGACCGCGGAGCCGGCCGGGCGGGACGACGGCCGGCCGAGGGUCACCUGGCGGGGCGACGGACAGAUGUUGGCCGUGAGCGUUCUUUGCCGCGAGACAGGCGCCCGCCGGUUCGUGGUCGUGUCCCGCGACGGCAGCCGUCUCUCCACCAGCGAGCCGGUGGCAGCGCUGGGUCAGAGCCUAGCCUGGCGACCCUCCGGCGCCACCCUGGCCGCCACGCAGCGACUUCCCAACAAGCUGCAGGUGGUGUUCUUCGAGAAGAACGGCCUGCGUCACGGAGAGUUCACGCUGCCCUUCCCGCCGGACGGAGCGCAUGUCCGCGAGCUGCUGUGGAGUCCCGACUCGGCGGUGCUGGCCGUGUGGCUGGAGCUCGGCUUAGAGUCGGAGUCAGAGUCAGAGUCUCGCGUGCAGCUGUGGACGACGGGCAACUACCACUGGUACUGCAAGCAGGAGCACGUGGUGGCGGCCGGCGACCGGGCGGUGGCCGUCACCUGGCACCCGGCAGCCGACUACAGGCUGUUGGUGCUGUGCCGCUCCGGUCGCCUGCUCACCUGGGAGCACCAGUGGCGGUGGUCGACCGCCCCCCAUUCAUCAGUGGCAGCAGUGGCGGACGGCAGGCGACUACUCAUCACUCCACUGGCAUCCACCGUCGUACCGCCUCCCAUGUCUGCCCACGAGCUGGUACUGCCGGCCUCUGUCAGUGCUGUGUGCCAGGGACCGGCCGGCGCUGACCACUGGCUGUGGGCAGUCACCUCCGACCGACGACUGCACGCGUUCCGACUCUUGCCGCUGGGCACCGAGCCGGUCACCUCCACCGCCGGCUGCACUGUAACCAUGACAGCCGGCGGCGGCGUCGGGUUCGCCGCGCGCGCGCCGCUGCACGAGUGGCGUGGGAGCUGCUCUGUGGGUGGCGCGCCGCCGGUGUACGCCUCCUGGGCCUGGGAGCUGGUGAGCGCCGAGCGAAUGGUGUGCGCGGCACAUACUCAGGACGGGUACCAGCUGUGGCUAAUGGACGUUACGGCGCCAGAGACGGCGGGUGGUGGCGGCGUCAGCGUCACACUGAGUCGCACGCUGCCGGUGUCCUCUGCGCCCCUCAUCAUCAGUGCGGUGGGCGGCGGGUCGGCCGAGGCCGUGGUCCACUCCGAGGACGGCUCGAUGUCGCUGUUAGACACAGAGACAGCCGAGUUGCGGCCGAUCACCGACGGCCAGUCGGGAAUGGAGGUGGUAGCCGUGAGCGGCGGCCCGGCCGGCCGGCGCCGCGUCCUGUCUCUGACCGGCCAGCGGCGGCUCUACUGCGACGGCCGGCCGCUGCUAUCUGCCUGCAGCUCGUUCGGCGUGUCUGACGACUUUCUGGUGGUGACCACGCUGGAACACACGCUCCUCUGCCUGCCGCUGACCGCUCUGCUGGCUGACGGCAGUUCUGUCUCGGAGUCGAGCUGGUCGGAGGUGGGCACUCGGCGGCUGGAGCGGGGCUCGCGACUGGUGACGGCCGUGCGCGGCGACACGCGACUGGUGCUACAGAUGCCGCGAGGAAACUUGGAGGUGAUCCACCCGCGGCCGCUGGUGGUGGCCAGACUGGCGCGCCUCAUGGACAGCGCCGAGUACUACACUGCCUACUCGGAGAUGCGUCGGCACCGGAUCAACCUCAACCUGCUGGUCGACCACGAUCCGGAGACGUUCGCGGCGCGCUGCGACGAUAUCUGCGCGGCGCUGCGCCACGAGCCCAGCUGGCUGUGUGUGUUCGUCUCCGAUCUCAGUGAGGAGGACGUAACUCGCACCCUCUACCGCGAGUCCUACCGGAGCCGCUCGGCCGCCGCCGCGGCCCCUCCUGGAAAGGUGGACCGCGUUUGUGAGCUGGUGCGGGACUCCCUGGAGCGGCUGGAUCGCGGUCGGCUGCUGCUACCGCUGCUCACCACACUGGUGCGGCACACCCGGCCGAGAUUGGAGGAGGCGCUGCGGGUCAUCAGUCAGCUCAGAGACGCUCCUCCCACCGAGCCGGGCGCGGUGACGGCCGACGCUGCGCUCCGUUACCUCAUCUGUCUGGUGGACGUCGACCAACUCUACUCCGUGGCUAUGGGCACGUACGACUUCGACCUGGUCCUCAUGGUGGCAGAAAAGUCGCAGAAGGAUCCCAAGGAGUACCUGCCUCUUCUGAACGAGCUCCGUCAGCUGCCGGCCGAGUACGCCCGGUACCGAGUGGACUGUCUGCUGCGCCGGCACGAGUCAGCUCUGCGCCACCUGGCCGCGGCCGGCGCCGACCGGCAGCCCGAGCUGCUGCGACUGGUGCAGGAGCGCGGCCUGUACUCGGCGGCGCUGCGGCUGCUGCCGGCCGGCGGCGCCGCCUACCGCGCCGUCUGCGGACUGUUCGCCGAACACCUGGACGGCGCCGGCCGCUGCUGGGAGGCGGCCGCGCUGUACGUGCGUGCCGGCGCCCAGACGUCGGCCGUGGACGCGCUGCGCCGCGCCGGCGCCUGGCGCCAGUGUCUGCAGACGGCCGGACAGCUGGGUAUGCCGGCUGACCAGCUGCGUCAGCUGGCCGCCGGACUGGCCGCCGAGCUGCGCGCGGCCGGACGCUGCGCAGACGCCGCGGCGGUCUAUGAGCGUCACCUGCGCCAGCCAGAGGAACAGGUGGCCUGCCUGCUGGAGGGCCGCCUCUGGGACCAGGCGGUGGCCGCCUGCCACCAGGCGCGACGGCCCCAGAUGGUCGCGGUGCUAGCGGUACCGGCGCUCCACCGGGCGGCGGCCAACAUGGCUGACACACUGCGCCGGAUCUCUGACACGCUGACCGAGCGUCGCGCCCGGCUGGCGGUGGUGCGUGCCCAGCAGCUGCAGCUUCUCAGCCGGCAGCGGUGCCAGCUGGCCGACGGCGAGGGGCCGGCUGGGGCUGACAGCGACCUCUACUCGGACUCGAGCAGCGUGUCGGGGGUAUCCGCCAGCUCCGGAUCGUCAAGCCGCACCUUCCGCUCCAGCAAGUCCCGGCGGAAGCAGGAGCGGAAAAAGUACAGUCUGCGGGAGGGCAGCGGCCUCGAGGACCUGGCUCUGGUGGCCGCCUGUCACGCGCUCAUCGCCGAGGCUAGUGCGCUCACAGAGGAGAUGUCUGCGCUACUCCGCGCGCUGGUCCAACACUCCCUCGACGAGCCUGCCGGCGGUCUGCAGCGCUCCUUCGCGGCCCUGUUGGACACCCUGCCGGCGGCGGCGGCGGAGGUGUGGCCCGAGCCAGCGGCCGUCGCUCAGCCCCCGCCGGCGGGUCUCGGCCCCACCGUCACCGCCAAUCAGCUGGCUGACCUGGCGCAGGCCGGAGGGGACGCGGCCGCCGCGCAGACGGCGUAUGCGGCGCGGAUGGCACAGCUCGAGCCGCACCUACGGUUCCCUCCCCUGCUGAAGAAGGACGACAGUUGGAAACUGCUCUGUCUGGAGGGGUUCGGAGUGGAGCCAACCAGCUGAGUUCUCCCUUCUCCCCCGCGGGCAUCUCUGGGUUCAGGGGCGCACAGACCGUCAUAGAUCCUCUGAGCGCAGUGAUAGCCGUGGAGGCGGCGGGCGCCCUGCAGGGACACUUAGCACCGGCCAGCGGUGUCUGAGCUGCCCCGUUGGCCGUCCUAGACACCAGCCGCCCGGCGACACCUGGGCGGUGUUUCACGGGACGCUGCUACCACGCUGCUAUCAAAUUGCGCGAGCUGACGUCACACUUGUGGUAGUGUUGGAGCAAUGGGCCUGUUGAUGUUUCCAUGGAAACCCAAUUUGACACGUGUAAAAGCAGCGUGCUGCUAUCACCGGUGAAACAGGGCCCUGUAUGCCUACCCGUUUACCGGCUUACCGGCAGUUUGACAGACAGCGGACCGCAGAUGUGAAAGGGUCCGUCGUCGCGGCAGCACUGUCUGGGCUGAGACAAAGUGAUGGUAUUUUUCCAACUGUGUGGUGAAGCAAUGACAAAGCUUCAGGAAUGGUUCCCCAGCCGCGAUAUGUAGGGGACGCUGGUCCAACGCUAAUGGUGCUCUCAACUCUCAAGAGAGGUUUGUGGAAGUGAUCAAACAGACAAUAAUACAAUGAACUUGAAU